AUGAAAUUCCUCAGCAAAGUGCUCCGUAUUGCGCUGGCAGUGGGCAUCGUGUCUUCGCUGGUGGGCCAGCUGGAUGCAUCGUUUCCGGGUCUUUCGCUGGAAGGAUGGCCCUACUUUUAUCCGCUCGGACCCUGGCAUGAUCAUACCCCGAUACAACCGUACUACGAACCCGUACCGAUCACACCCGUAGUGGCGGCGCAACUCGCGGAAUAUCCGGGCGCGAUGUCCGUUGCGGCAACACGAGGCGCAAUCCAUAUUGCACCACUGCCUGGUCACUCCAUUUCGCAGUUCCAGUACAAUCUGGACGCACCACCGGGAACAUACUAG